UAAAUAUUUUGCUAUUGGUUGGUGACUAUGUAGGACUAUGGGCCCAGCAGCAGCAGCAGCAACACAGUCAGCUGACGUCCAGCAUUGCUGAUAGUCACCGAGCGGCACUGAACUGUAUACAAAGUACACGCAAAAGGAAUCGGCUAGUGGUGUUGCUACCCAGACAAACACAGCAGGCAAAAUAUUAAUGCGUUGUAAUGGCGGCAGAAAUUCACCCAAAACCACUGACGCGGAGACCUGUCCUUCUCAAUAAGAUCGAGGGAUCGCAGGAUGUGGUGAAUACUGCAGUGAUCAUCCCCAAGGAGGAUGGGGUCAUCAGCGUCUCAGAAGAUCGGUAGGACGAUUCGGAUCUGGCUGAAGAGGGAUAGUGGGCAGUACUGGCCCAGUGUCUAUCAUUCCAUGCCAUCUCCUUGUUCCUGUAUGUCCUUCAAUCAAGAGACAAGAAGGCUCUCUGUCGGUAUGGACAAUGGAUUCAUCUCUGAAUUUGUCCUCGCUGAAGAUUACAACAAAAUGACUCCUGACAGAACUUUCCAGGCUCACCAGGGCAGAGUAACAGUGGUUCUGUUUGUGUUGGAGAUGGAGUGGGUACUAAGCACGGGACAGGACAAGAACUUCAACUGGCAUUGUUCAGAAAGCGGGCAACGAUUAGGGGGCUAUCGGACAACCGCCUGGGUCUCUUGUCUGCAGUUUGAUGUGGAAACUAGACAUGCCUUUGUUGGGGAUCACUCGGGACAGGUCACCAUUCUCAAGCUGGAGCAGGAGACCUGCAGCCUUGUCACCACAUUUAAAGGGCAUACAGGCAGCGUUACAGCUCUCUGCUGGGAUCCUGUCCAGAGAGUUCUGUUCUCGGGCAGCUCAGACCAUUCCAUUAUAAUGUGGGACAUAGGAGGCAGGAAAGGGACAGCCAUUGAACUGCAAGGACACAAUGAGAAAGUUCAAGGCCUGUGCUACGCACAUCACACUCGGCAGCUCAUCUCGUGCAGCUCAGACGGAGGGAUUGUCAUCUGGAACAUGGAUGUUCAAAGACAAGAGACUCCGGAGUGGCUAGACAGCGAUUCCUGUCAGAAGUGUGAACAGCCUUUCUUCUGGAACUUUAAGCAGAUGUGGGACAGCAAGAAGAUAGGGCUCCGGCAGCACCACUGUAGGAAGUGUGGCAAGGCAAUGUGUGGGAAGUGCAGCUCAAAGCGCUCCACCAUACCGCUGAUGGGAUUCGAGUUUGAAGUGAGGGUCUGCGACAGCUGCCACGAGUCAAUAACUGACGAGGACCGGGCACCCACAGCCACUUUCCAUGACAGUAAGCACAGCAUUGUUCACAUUCACUAUGAAGUAACAAGAAGCUGGCUGUUGACAUCGGGGGCUGAUAAGAUUAUUAAGCUCUGGGAUAUGACGCCAGUGGUUUCCUGAUGGCGUCCCGAUGACCUCAGAAGACAGUAUUUACUCAAGGACUGAAAGCUCUGGAAAUACAGGUUGGAGGCAAACAACUACAUUUCAAAUAACACUUUUUAAAAGGAACCUUGAAAACAUCAUUGGCGAGGGGGGUUUGGCUUUUGACUGGUAUUUGUGCAGCUUGCUUGCUGCUUGCUUGCUGUGAACCUAAAAAGUGUAUGUUGCAAUUUUUGUUCCGACGCGGUUCUGCCUUUUAAUGUCCCUCCAUCGGGUUUAAUUUCCAGUGGGGAGACAGGAAGAAUGGCAGCAUGAGGAAACGGUUGCGGUGAUGUUAUUUUUCUUUAGAGCAGACUGCUUCUGCAACACAACAAUGUUUUAAGGCAUGAUUUCUGAUAUCUGAAAAUUGUUUUAACAGCAAAAAUAAAACAAAAUGAUCCUUUA